AUGUGUUCCUGCGCCUGCGCGCGCCUCCUCCCCCCGCUCUUCAGCCCCGCUCCAAGCCCAAAGCCCAGACCCGCCUUCGCGCACGGCCCGACGCCAGCCCGCAGCCGCGCCGUCGUCGAGCUCGCGGGCGCAGCCUCCCGGGACGACGCGCCUGCGCCGCUGUCCGGCUUCGACUUCCUCGAGCUGAAGCGGGAGCUUGAGGAGGAGGAGGAGGCAGCGGUGGCUGUGGAUGCGAAGGAAGGUGGUGGGGCUGUCAAUGAGGACGAUGGGGAGAGGGGUGCAGAGAGGAGUGCGGGUGGUACGAGGAGGCGGCGACGGCGGCAGAUGGCGAGGCGAUCGGCUCUGCUCGCGAAUCAGGUGAUUAGUGUGAGCUCGGCGCGGAGCCUCGGGUUCGUGUCGCAGCUCUGGAUCGACGCCGCCUCGUGGGCUGUUGCAUUGGUUGAAGUGAGGCCAAGCUUACUUUCAGGUGAAGCAGAGAAAUUUCUUUUUGAGGACAUAUAUCAGGUUGGAGAUGUGGUGCUUGUUGAGAAUGAAUCUGUGAUCGAUAAUGAACAUAAACUGGUUGGAUUGCACAGCUUGGUGGGCUACAAUGUCGUAACUUCCAGGCGGCGCAAUGUUGGCAAGGUGCGUGGUUUCACAUUUGACAUCAGCUCAGGUGCCAUGGAGUCUCUUGAGCUUGACUCAUUUGGGCUUUUGAUUGUCCCUUCUAGCUUGGGCAUUUUGGGCACCCAAAACAUCCACGGACCUGGUGGUGAGAUAGACGAGUACAGUAGGAUUGGGGGAAGGAGGAGGAGAGCAAAUGGCCAGGGAAAGUCCGGUGGCCGAGAACUCCGCAGGGGAGCGAGGCAUCAGGAGGAUGACUGGGAGCUGCCGAUGGACUAUUGA